GCUCCCAGGUAUCCUUUGCCAAGGCUGGAGGAGUGAAGGGGAACUAAUUUCUUAAUAGGAAGCCGACAUUUUCUAGUUUGCCCUCCUUCUCCCUUCACCCCCAAAAACAUAUGCUACUUUUGGAUCCAGUGCUGUUCCCAUCUUCCUGGAUCCAUAAUGAGCCUAUUAAUGAGCAGCUGAACAGGGUGAAAAGAGGAGGAGAAGCUCACUGCUGUCAUGGUGACUUUUUUCUAUUUUGAAUGUGAUUUUGAAUGUGAUCUCCAGGGACUGUCAGUCCAGGUCCUGUUCCAGCGCUUUGCCCUUUGCUCCCAAACUUCCCAAGUUGUGCAGCCCAGUGGUUGAAGAGCAUGGGCUCAGUGGCCCCAGGGUCUCUGGCUAGUCUCUGCUUGCCCUUAGCUUGGAGUUUGGAGCAGAGCAGUCAGGGAUUUGGAAGUUUGUGCACAGCUGCUCCUUCCAUAAACCAAACAGAAGCAGUGUGCUGUGGUCAGGGCAAUCUGUUUGUACAAGCACCUGGGGCUUUGGCAGUUUGGACCUGUGUGGUCCUUCAUCUCCAGUAUUUGUAAAUAAAAGGAAUUCCCCGUGUCCUUGAGUGCAUUUGUCUUAAUUUCUGUAGUACUCCAUGACUCAGAGGGAAGCAGGACUAAGGUACAUUAAUUGCUUCUCUGGGCAUGGAAGGCUCACUUGUGGCCAAGAGAUAAGAUGAGCACAGCACACACCCAUGCCUGCCCUCCUGUCUGAGUGAUACUGGGUUAUCUGGGAUACCUGCCUGCUCUAGGGGGAUGGUCUGGCAGGGACACACAUCCCUGGGUGUAAAUACACAAAACGAAAUAAACAUUUUCAUUCUUAAAAACCAGCUCUCAUGAGAAAGUGGUCUGAAAUUCAUUAGGUCAAGUAGGAGGUUCUGUAAAACAGAUGAAGAGAGAACUUGUUAAUAACAAGCCUUGCACUGCUUCUAUUCUAGAGCAACGAGUUUACUCUAGCAGCUGAGGUCCCUCUUCCCUGUGGGUUUGGGCUUCACUGUCCCAGGGGACACCUUGAGGAAAACAACUCUUGGUAGAGACCAGACCAAUGUUGAGAGAGCAGUUGUGGAAUUCCUCCCUUGUCACAUGGGAUUUUUAGCUGGUUUGGCAGCACUGGCUGUGUUUCACAGGGCAGACCCCUUGUGGAUACUUGCCCUCCCAUCUCAGAGCUGCUGCCUUGCCCUCACCAGUCCAGAGCAAUUCAGUAACCCCAUGGCUGGGCUUUGGGAAGGGCCUGGCCUGUUAUGAAUGUAAUUUAUCAAAUGAGAAAGCCCAGGUUUUCAGAUGUCAUCCUGGCAACAAUUUUGGCUACCAAGUCAGAUAUGUGUGGCAAAAAGUUUGAAUUGAAGAUUGAUAAUGUUCGCUUUGUUGGCCAUCCCACCUUGCUCCAGCAUGCCCUCGGGCAGGUAUCCAAAACUGACCCCUCACCAAAGAGAGAGAUGCCCACCAUGAUUCUGUUCAACGUGGUGUUUGCACUAAGGGCCAACGCGGACCCGUCGGUGAUCAGCUGCCUGCACAACCUGUCCCGCAGGAUCGCCAUCGUCCUGCAGCACGAGGAGCGCCGCUGCCAGUACCUCACCCGCGAGGCCAAGCUCAUCCUGGCCAUCCAGGACGAGGUGUCUGCCAUGUCAGAGACCACAGAAGGGCCCCAGUCACCUUUUCAUCACAUCCUACCCAAGUGCAAACUGGCCAGAGAUCUCAAAGAGACAUAUGACAGUCUCUGCACGACAGGGGUGGUUCGUUUACACAUCAACAACUGGCUGGAAGUGAGUUUCUGCCUUCCUCACAAAAUCCACUAUGUUGCCACCAACUUCAUACCCCCAGAAGCAAUCGAGAGAAGUCUGAAAUCUAUCAGGCCUUACCAUGCCUUAUUACUUUUAAAUGAUGAGAAGUCAUUGCUUAAUGAGCUCCCGUUGGACUGCUCUCCUGCCCUGGUGAGAGUAAUUAAAACUACCUCUGCUGUGAAGAAUUUGCAGCAACUGGCUCAAGAUGCUGACUUGGCAUUGCUGCAGGUUUUCCAGCUUGCAGCACAUCUUGUUUACUGGGGCAAAGCAAUUAUUAUUUAUCCUCUUUGUGAAAACAAUGUCUACAUGCUUUCUCCAAAUGCCAGUGUCUGCCUGUACUCUCCCCUGGCAGAUGCCUUCUCCUGUCAGUUCCGGGGUCACAACCUGCCCUCCAUGCUGGCCAAGUUCUCCCUCCCCGUGUCCCUCUCCGAGUUCAAGAACCCGCUGGCACCGCCUGUGCAGGAGACCCAGCUCAUCCAGAUGGUGAUCUGGAUGCUGCAGCACCGGCUCCUGAUCCAGCUCCACACCUACGUGUGCCUGAUGGUGCCCCCGAACGAGGAGGAGCUCCGAGCCCCGGAUGAGGACAUGCCCUUCACUGCCAGGGUUGGGGGGCGAAGUCUGAGCACCCCCAACGCUCUCAGCUUUGGCUCUCCAACCAGUAGUGAUGACAUGACUCUGACAAGCCCCAGCAUGGAUAAUUCCAGUGCUGAGCUGAUACCUGGUGGGGACUCACCCCUAAAUAAGAGGAUGACAGAGAAUCUCCUGGCAAGCCUGUUGGAACACGAGCGGGAAGCCAUCCUGAACGUCCCAGCUGCCCAGAAUCCAGAGGAUCUCCGCAUGUUUGCAAGGCUGCUGCACUACUUCCGAGGCCGGCACCACUUGGAGGAGAUCAUGUACAACGAGAACAUGCGGCGCUCGCAGCUGCUGAUGCUGUUCGACAAGUUCCGCAGCGUGCUGGUGGUCACCAGCCACGAGGACCCCGUCAUCUCCGUCUUCCAGUCGCUCCUGAAGUGACUCUGCUGGCACAGCAGGGAGGAGCCUGCCACGCUCUCCAUGCUGAGUCUGAAGGCAGCCUAACAUCUGCAGGAGGAGGUUUCAGUUCCUUCUGGCCAUGUGACACACAGCAGGUUGUCCCUGUCCGUGCCUCGAUGUCCCUGCUGCUCCCCGAGGCUCCAGGGGCUGCUGCAGGACAGCACGUGCCUGCUCAGCCUGGAUUCCUGCCACCUUCACAGCCCUUCCCAGCCCUGCUGCUCCCCAGGGAUCCUCAGAGUGGGACAGGAGGGUUCUGCUGUGGUGCUGCUGGCAGAACUUUGGGGGACACUGGUGCCCUGGGAGUGCUUGCUGUGCUCUCCAGCGUGCUGCUGGGACACUCAGCCAGGAGAGCCUGUCCCCAUGGCACAGCAUGCAUGGCCUUGUUCCAGGGCACUGGGGAGCUGGCCUGGCUCCUAGGGAAAUGACCCUGGGCACCCAGGAAUUCUGUUUGGUCUCACAGCAGCGAGGACAGAAGUGGGAAGGCAGAGUAUCACAACUAAGCAUGAAAUAAUGAAUGAAUGACUCAG